AUGGACGACGAUAUUCCUGAGCUCGUGACGGAGCUCGAUGAAAAUUUCACCAUAAAGCCGGAGCAUUCGGCGAGAAUAGAAGAUACAAAGAGCUUUGAGCCAAAGACUUCAAAGGUCACAUCGAAGAUCCCCAUCUCCAUCAUCACUGGGUACUUGGGCUCAGGCAAAUCAACCCUUUUGGAGAUGAUAGGGCGCAAAUCCAAGAAGCGUUUAGCAAUUAUAUUGAAUGAGUUUGGUGAUUCGGCUGCCAUAGAAAAGUCUGUCACCAUUCAGGAUGCAGAGAAGAACGAGAGUGUUCAGGAAUGGCUAGAUUUGGGCAAUGGGUGUCUAUGCUGCACAGUCAAGGAUAACGGUGUAACGGCCAUUGAAAAUUUGAUUGAAAAUUCAGGGGACAAGAUUGACUACAUUCUCUUGGAAACAACGGGGAUUGCCGACCCAGCACCUAUAGCAGAGAUGUUCUGGCUAGAUGAUGCACUCGCAUCUACCGUAUACAUUGAUGGGGUAAUCACAGUAGUGGACGCAGCUAACAUUAUCCAGUGUCUCGAUGACGUUGGUGGCCACUGGCAUAGAGCGAACAAUCAUGUUUUGGAUGAAAGCGAGGAUGUCAGUCCAGAAAAGAAGGAGUUGGAAAGAAGAAUGCUAGAGGAGGGGAUCAGCACAGCACAUGUACAGCUAGCACUAGCUGACACAAUUCUCAUCAACAAAAUCGACACAAUACGAGAUGAUGAGAAGAAACUCGAGGAGAUACGCUCCAGAGUGAAAUCCAUCAAUUCGUCGUCACCUAUUCAUACUACAUCCUAUGGUGACAUCGAUCUAGAUAAAAUCUUAGACUUGCAUGCGUUUGAGGCCUCCAGUGAAAAACUUUCACAGCUGGUGAGCUUGUCUACGAGCUCUUCGUACCAUGACGAUAGAAUCAAAACCUUGACGCUCGACUUCCCGUUCUUCGAGGACGGCGCAGGGUUUAAAAAGGUGGAGAAGUUUCUUCAACACGUUCUCUGGGAAGAUGAGGCCGACGGAGUCACUGUGGAGAUUCAUAGGACGAAGGGUAUUUUGGUUCAUGGUGAUGAUGUCAGGGUUAUUCAAGGCGUUAGAGACACUUACGAGAUCAUUGAGGGAGGAAAUUUGCAUGAGAGCAUCAAGAACAACAAGAUCGUGUUUAUAGGAAAAGGGCUCGAUGAAGAUGCUUUAUACUCUGAGCUAACCAAGUUUUUAGAGUAG